CUCAGCAAAGAAAAGGGCUUAUUGAAGUAAAUUCGUGUAUCUUAUGUGAGAAUUCAUUUGUGCUCUGUGGUGAUAUUCGUACCUAUUUUUCCAUGCUUUAUCACACACCUGCUGUGUUCUGCGACUAAAAAAUGGAUUCUUCAAAAAACGGUCAACGAAAAAGAAAAAGUCCUAAUACAAAUAAUAUUUUUGAAGUAAAUGAAGAUGACUUAUCUGCAGAAAAUUCGGAGUCAGAGGAGCCCGAAGCAAAAGUUAAGAAGACAGACCAUUCAAAUGUAUAUGAGAAGCAAGUAAGCCAAAGUCCAAGUAACCUCCAAAAUGAACAAAAAAUUGAUAUAUCUGAAGACUCAUUUGUGCCCAAAAUACGUAAUGAUAUUGAAGAUAAGUUUGAUGAAAACAUUAUCAAGGAGGUGAGUAUCCUAGAAGAAGGUGAAGUAUCCGAAUUUGAUUCAAAAUUGAAUAAUAAUACUUCACAAGAUUCAUAUAUUACUAUUACGUUCAAAGACAGAGAGGCAGCAGACAUUUACAGGAAACCUUUUUUGAAAUUUCUUCAGACAUUUGUAGAAUUACAAAUAGAAGAUAGUGCUAACACUGUAAUUAAGUUAUCUAGGACUGCCAAUGUGAACCCUACUGACUGGGUAAUAAUAGAUGACAGUCUUGACUUAACUCAAGAAGUGGAUGAAGAAUUGGCUAAAGAACUGCCUGUUACACCACAGUCAGGAAAGAAAAAGAAAAAAAAGAAAAAGAAAAAGGACUUAUUUGUCCUGGACACUACUCCAGGUUUAGAGGAUGAGGCUAACCAAACAAAAUAUUGGUCUAGAUUUUUAAUUAAUGAAGCUGAGAAAAAAGAUGAACAAGCACCUCAUAAACGACCUAUACCUUCAACUUGCUUUAAUUGCAGUCAGAAUCAUAAUAUGAAAGAUUGCCCCAUGCCCAAAAAUUAUAGUGUAAUCAACUCUAACAGACAAAAGUUGGCAAACAAAAAUAAAGCUUGUCGAUACCAUCUGGAAGGAGACCAAAAAUAUAGCCAUCUUUGUCCUGGCAAGAUCUCCACGAAUUUACAAAAAGCACUGGGUUUGCACAAGAACCAAAUACCAAAGUUUUUUUAUAAAAUGAGAGAAUGGGGUUACCCUCCAGGGUGGCUGGAGGAAGCAAAAAUAGUGAAAUCUGACUUGGCUAUGUUUGAUAUACAUGGCAAUCAUGUUAAAAAUACUCAUGCCAGAAAUAUUAAAGGGUUGGAUCCUGAAAAACUAAUUGACUAUCCUGGAUUUAACAUUCCUCUCGAAAAACAUAUUAAAGAUGAAUCAAGACAUCAUCACAUGCCACCCUAUUCACGCGAUUAUAGUAAAGAGAUAAUGAUAGACUUUUAUGAAAAACAGUGCAUGGAGGAAGAAGACAAUUCUGAAACUCAAGAUAUGGAUUUAAGUAAGACAAAUGAAACAGAAAUUGUAGAGAUCAUUGAAAUAACUGACACUGAACUACAGUCGAAGGAGAUUCUUACAAUUAAAGAAUCUCUAUUGAAUGCACCAUCACCAUCAUUGAAUGAGUUAGAAAAAGAGAAAGAGACUCUAUUGGAACAACUAAUUGAUACAGAUGAAGUAUCUAAUUCUGCUGUUUUACAGGAUGAUCAAGCUACUUCCCAGACUGAACACGAAGAACCGAAACAAUCAAAUGAAAAAAAGACAGAUUCAAAUGAACCCGUGGAAAUAGAUUUAACAAAAACCGAAAAUGAGGAUUAUUUAUGUUCAACUCCCAUUACCAAACGCGAUACUAACAUUAGUGUGCGUAGUGUUACAACUAGCACAUUUGGAACUCCGAUAUUGAAAAGUAGUUCUCCUUAUAGUACAUUGCCGAACCCUGAUAAUUUUUCUAAGGAUGUGAGCCCCGUGAUAAACUUUGAGAAUUUGCCAAAUUCGACAGGUAAGUAUGAGCAAAUGACAGGAGUGCUACAAAAAGUACGCACUACGUUAAAAGGUUUAAAUCAGUGUAAAAGUUGAGGUCAUGAACUGGUAUUACAUUAACAUUUAUUAAAUGGUAGUUCAGAAAUUCAGCCAAUUUAAUUACCUAAAUCUUUUUCAUGAAGGUUAUAGCUAGGUAUAGCUUGAAUUUUUAAUUUAUAAAUGGAGUGACCAUAUGAUGCCAUCCAACGGUUUCCCCAGUGGCUAUAAUAAAUAUACACAUAUACUUGUCUGUACAUGUUUAAUAAAUUUGUACCUGUUUUAAGUCAUGUAAAUAAAUUUUGUAUGUAAAAAUGUUUUUUGAAAACUUUAGUUAAUUGAAAGUUGAAAAAAGAAAAAAUAUAUUAAUAUUUAGUAUUUCAUACUUUGCUACAGAGAAAAAACAAUAUAAGAGUAUUUAAGUGUCUAAAAUUGUGUAAUAGAGAUAUAUUAAU